UCCAGUCCCCCCAGCUCCAGGCCAGGACGCUCCUGCCGGAGUUUGCUGCAGAAGUCACAUUGCUGCUCCGCUUACACUGCAGGGGGGGAGCUGAGGGGAACACAGUACUGCGUGGCCGAUGCUGGAAACCUGAGCACACGGGAGGGGGGGGACUUUUUUUUUUUUUAACCAGAAGGGGGAAAAUGUCUUCCCCUUCCUCCAACGGGACCGCCGGCCAUGCCAUAGAGAUCAAGCAGGAGGAUGUCCUGGAAGCGGCUCCGUUCUCUAUGGAGCAUGCACAGCAGCAGCCCGGGACAGAGCAGGGGGUGAAGAGCGAACUUGUGAGCGGCGGCCAGUACACGCUGGCGUUCUCCCCGGAGCACGUCGCCUGUGUGUGUGAGGCUCUGCAGCAAGGUGGGGACCUGGACAGGCUAGCCCGGUUCCUGUGGUCGCUGCCCCAGAGCGACCUGCUACGUGGCAGCGAGAGUAUCCUGAAAGCCCGGGCGCUGGUGGCUUUCCAUCAGGGCCGCUACCAGGAGCUCUUCUCUGUGCUGGAGAGCCACAACUUCCAGCCGUCCAACCAUGCCGCGCUGCAGGACCUCUGGUACCGGGCUCGGUAUAACGAGGCGGAGAAGGCCCGCGGGAGGGCGCUGGGGGCUGUGGACAAGUACCGGCUGCGGAGGAAGUUCCCGCUGCCCCGGACCAUCUGGGACGGCGAGGAGACGGUGUACUGCUUCAAGGAGAAGUCCCGGAACGCGCUGAAGGAGCUGUACAAGCACAACCGGUACCCGUCCCCGGCCGCCAAGCGCAACUUGGCCAAGAUCACCGGGCUCUCCCUUACCCAGGUCAGCAACUGGUUCAAGAACCGGCGGCAGCGCGACAGGAACCCGUCUGAGGCGCAAUCCAAGAGUGAGUCGGAUGGAAAUCAUAGCACUGAAGAUGAAUCGAGUAAAGGUCAAGACGAUUUGUCUCCUCAUCUCUCCAACUCCUCCGAUGGUGUGUCCAACAUAAAUCUUCCUGUUCACGCUGAUGCAGUGUAUAUGCAGCACAUUGGAAAUAAAAUCUCAUUAGGUUCCUCUGGAGUGCUUCUGAAUGGAAGUUUGGUGUCUUCCAACGCUUCAUCCGUCUUUUUAAACGGGGGCUCAUUUAUCCAGGGAGCCAACGGAGUGCUUCUAAAUGGCUUAAAUGUAGCAAAUUCACAAACUUUGACUUUGAAUUCUCAAAAACUGUCCUCCACCAUUGUAAGCAAUGGUGCCCAUAAUUCAGACAUUUUGGUGUCCUCCUCCGAGGAAAUAAAGGUUCUUCAAGCUGGUAUGACGGAUACCUCCCCAACAUACACUACAAAUAUACAGUCGUCUUUCCCAGGCUUAAUACCUGCCACGGAGAUCAAGAGUGAAGCUGUCCAGCCUGUCACUUCCCAAGAUGGCGGCACAGUUGUUACAUUCACUACUCCCAUACAAAUCAACCCGUAUGGCAUUGUCCAGAUACCGAAUUCAGGAACAAAUGCUCAACUAAUUAAUGGAAGUAUUGGAUUCUCCACACUCCAGUUGCCCUCCGUUGCCGUGUCACAAGGAAACCUCUCGCUUGCUCCCUGUACUUCGGAUGGAGGGACAUUUACAAGUGACACCAUCACAAGUGGAGAUCAAGGGAAAGUCUUCCUCAGCUCUCUCCCGCCAAGCACAGUCGUUUACACCGUUCCGCAUUCUAUAAAACAAGAUGGCCUUGAACGCAGCCUUGUCUUUUCUCCGUUAGUGCCUGUCAAUCAAAGCACAGCACAAGUAAACAUUAGCAUGCCUUCUGACGAUGCCAUGCAGUCUGUCGCGGCCUCCUUAGUAAAUGGAAGUCACGCGCACAAUUUUUCGCUUGCUCCGCCUACUUUAAUAACCGCUUCCGGCCAGCUUGCCUCUAUUACAGGGAACCAGUCAGUUGCGCUCAACCAGCCUAUAUGCACGCUUGCCACCACAACCACCAGUGUCACUCCCACCAGUAACACAAACUUUGUGCCCCUUCAGAACUGUCACUACAUUGCUGCCCAAGACCUAUUGUCUAUGUCGUCUGAACAGCAGAACCACAUAGAAGCUGUGACUACAAGCAGUAAUAGUAACACCAGCCGUCCUGCCUCGCACACCCUUCAGGAUUUCAGCAGCCACCACAACUUGGUUCUGCAGCCUGUACCCGACACAAAAGAUAAUUACCUGUCCAUUGAGCAGAAUGCCACCAUCAGUGGCAGAGUUAUGUUGUUGGAUGCAAAAUCCAAGUACGUGAUCAGUGGCAUGAUCAGCACAGGCUGCGAAGAACUUGAAACUGACAAAAAAGAGUUAGCCAAGCUUCAAAAUGUUCAAAUGGAUGAUGACAUGCAAGACAUGUAAAGGAAAACGUUGCUGGACGAGUUGGUUUCAGUGGCCGCUCUGGGUUUCGUCAGUUGUUUGUUUGAACUCGAAUUUACACUUUUUUUUUUUUUUUUUUUUUUUUUAAAUCUUUUCUCUCUGAGUAAAUCGCACUGUUUUUAAGUUUUGUUUUUCUCUUUGAGUUUGUCGCCCCCUUUCCACAUGAACAUUUAACCCUUUUUGAAAUGUGGGUAUGUAAAGGGAACACCGUUUGAACAUUGGUAUGUUGUAUGAAACAUUGGGUCUAAGGAGGGGGGGGGGGAAGGAACGUUAAUGGUACUCUAUUGUAAAUUCUGGGGCUAUGCUGGAAUUGUAUAUUCAAUACACAAAAUAUAUAGGAAUGUUGGCAGUCUUUUGUACUUUUUUUUUUUAUGGCUUACAAUAGACAGAUUGGAAUGUUACAUUUGUGUAGUAAGCUUCUGCUAAAUAAGAAUGUUAAAAAAAAAAAAUAAUAAUAAUAAUUUCCAGCUCUGCUGUAAAGGUGAAAAUGGAUCAGUGGAAUGUAGUAUAUGUAACUUAAGGUAGUGGUUUCCAAACUUGCUUGAAAGACGGCAACCCUGAAGUAUCAGCAUUUUUUUCAUGGCACACCUUGGUCCAAAAUUGAUGAUUGUGAAAUUAUGCAAGAAUUAUUCAAUUAAGUAAAUUGUACUUCAGUUAUGUGGUGUUAGACGGAGGUUUCGAUACUGUUUGUCCACACAUUUUAUGAUAGGCAAAACCAGUGCUGUUGCUGCCAAUCACACUGAGCAUAAAUAAUUUGAUUUGGUCUUGGACCCACCAGCCCGUGGCACCCAAUUUGGAAACCACUGACUUAUGGUAUUAUAUGCAACCCUUUUUCUUUCUAGUAAGUACAGUGGAUGUACACGCUCAAAUUUCUAGCCUGAAUGGCUGAAAAUAUGCAAUUUUGAUUAAAGUUUUAUUUUUCAAAAACCUAUAUUUUAAGUAUUGGAAAGUACUAGAAUUCGAAAGAGUAAACCCUAUUUUUUUGUAGUUUAAAAUGUUGCAAUUUUUCUUCUAUCCAAAUAUAGCAAUUUUAAUAAUUCCUAUGUGCCUUUUGGCCUGUGGGCCAUUUACUUGUAGCAAAGCACACUACUAAGAAGGAAGGUAGAUCAGUCAUAUACAGUAUGUGUGUCUUUGGUAAAUGUCUUCUAUGAUCUUAUCACAAUCCAUUUGUCCUGAGACUAAAGCUAGGUACACACUAUGCAAUUUAUGUGGUCAAACAGACAAAAGGGACAAUUUUUUGGCCAUCGGAAGGUCCUGAGCUCUGCUCUACACAUUAAGCAAUUUUUUACUUUUUAAGUUUGCAGUUUUCUGUCACCCCACACUGAAUUUGCAUAUGUCUGCCUACAAGGAGUAUGAGGUAAUCUGCAUAAACCGUAGGAAAUAUGGGCAGAUUAUCUAGAAUGCACACACACAGUGCAUGGGACCUUUUGGCUAAUAUUUUCUGUCAAGACCGGUCGGACAAUCGAAGGUGAGCAUUUUUGGCCUAAACACUCAUGCCUACACACUACAUAAUAAAAUGGCCUGAUCAACCGGUUAUUGGCAAAUCAGCCCAAUGACUAUGUAGUGUGUCCUAGUUUAAGGAUACAGACAGAGUGAUAGACAGGAUCUGGUACGUAGGUCGGCACUCAUUAGGUCGACCACUGUUGGUCGACAUUCAUUAGGUCGACAUGAGGGUUUUUUUUUUAAACACAAAAAAAACAACAAUUUGUACUUUUUCAUACUUUACGAUCCACGUGGACUACGAUUGGAAAUAGUAACCUGUGCCGAGCGCAGUGGUAGCAGAGCGAGGCACCUUGCCCGAAGUUCACUCGCCAUGCGAGGGGAUACGGUGCACUAAUUGGGGUUCCUGGUUACUUUACGAAGAAAACACAAAAAAUAACAAAAAAACUUUUGCCAUGUCGACCUAGUCCAUGUUGACCCUAAUGACUGUGGCGACCUAUCCACACCCGUGAUAGACAUGAAUAGACUGCAGUUUACGCUUACGGAAAAGCAACCUGCUUUGAAAGGGAAAGAUGACAUUUAUCCAGUAUUCUCUGAAUUUCUAUAGUACAAUACUGUUGAAAUUUCUUCCCUGGAACUUACACUACAUUUAUAUGAAUUGUUUUGCACUAUUUUAACUAAACUUUAUUUAGACGUUUUCACUAUUGCAUGGAACCUUCAUUAACAAAUAUAUAUAACUAGAUGCAAAAUGCUAUUUUAUACUUAAGGUCUUUUGCUUCUAAUUAGUGAAAAAAACACUUGCAAUUUUUAAAAAGAUGUUUCUUUGUCAUUGAAGAAUCGUCAAACAUUUCUUUUUUUUGUAUGCCUUUUGUUUACUUAAGUUAACCUGUUUUGCAUGUUUGAGUUAUUUUGUUUUUCUUUUUGAUUUUGAUGGAGGGUUUGUAAACAUUGUGGGGGGGAUAAUACAACUGAAGCAGGUACAGAAACACGGACUAUGAAAAAAAAUGUUCUCUAGUAUAGGAACGGGGAAUUGGUGAUGUUUAGUUGUAUUUUAUGUAUUAUUUAACUUAAAAUAUGCAUGUCUAAUAUCCGACCUUCUGUUCUAAUUUCAUGCUUUCUUGUGCAUGUUUUAUUUUUUAUUUCUUUUAUUUAUAUUUGUUCUGUGCCUUAGAAUGAUUCAAGUGAACAGAACAUUUCUGCAAUGUUUAUGUAGUCUUGUUAAUGAUGCAGUUCUUGAAAAUGGUACCAACCUCAUGUCAAAAAUCAUUUCUGUGCAGUUACCCAACCAAAGAGGUAUCGUGUGUGUUUUGUGUGUAUAUAUUUUUUUUGUUUUGUUUUCAUUGUACUGUAAUAGGGAUUUAUGCCUGGACAAGUUUUAUUGUAUUCUGAAAUGAUGUGAACUUAUUUUUCUAAACACUAUACUGAAUAAACUUUUAUAUUUAUACAUUU